GAAAUUAUGGUACAAUACACGGCUAGGUAGCAUUAGGUUCUAGUUAUAGCCCAGAAAAUAAUGGUACAAUACUCGACAAGGCAGCAUAAGUUUACAACCCAGGAAACUAUGGUACAAACAUCAGCAAGGAUUCAAGUCGUUUCACUCUUGGCUAUUUCAAGAUUGAACGGGAAACAGCUUCAUGUUUAGACUGUUCACGUUUUUAUUCAUAUCGGUGCUUGCUACGACUUCAUGAAUUGGAAUAUUAUCUUGUGAACUAGACAUCUAGACUUACGUAUUCAUGUUCAUAUACCGCAAAGUUAAGAUCAAAAUUGAAAGAACAUUUAUCAAGUUGACAAUUUGUAGGAGAUGCAGCUGACCAAUGUGUACGGUAUAAUGGCAGCAUCAAAUAGGGUGAGGCGGGGUGUGAGUGGUGGGCAGAUAGUGGUGCUGGCGGCUUUGUUGGUCACGUGGGUUCAGGGUGAGCACAAGGCUCUGGAACCACUGGACGACAAGCGGUCAAGUGGUAGUGGACGUGACGCCGCCAUCUUGUUGGUGCCGGAGGUCGGAGUGAGUCACUUGGAUUAUGAGCUGUUUGGUCGGAUUAUCCAGCAGAUUUAUCCAUCCAAGCUAUGGAUUGGCCUGAUAGACACGUCGACAGAGGGAUCAUUGACCUUGGAUAACUUGCCCCUGUUAAUGGACGAGUCGGUUCGAGAGUUAAAGAAGUUGGGCCUCAGUGUGAAACAUGAUCUGUUUCUAGCUGCUCACGGACAGCCAGGUCAGGUGGCCGCUAAUUAUGCUGAGGCCAUGUACGAAACGUUACGUGGACUGAUCUUGCUGGGCUCAUUUCUACCCAAGAUGUUCAACUUUGUGUCAUUUCCGUUACCCGUCUUGACGCUGAUUGGUGAAUUGGAUGGGGUCACGCGAGUCACGGGAAUAGCCCAGUCUAUACAAGCUCUGAUACACUCGUCACAAUUUGAUUCCGGGUUCGUCAUACAAAGCCCCCUGGUCAUCCUAGAGGGAGGCAACCACGCCAUUUUCAUCAGCGGUACCCUCCCCCCAGACAUGCACGAGCUGGACAUCGAACCGGAAGUGGACAACCUGCUGUCCAUGGAGCGAGCCUCGACACUGACGUCACACUUCCUGUCCAACGUUCUACGGGAGCCGGAGGAGCUGGCAAUAACGGCUGCGGCAGAGUUUAAGCUGGAGUUUGAAAAAGCUGUGAAUAUUACACAGCCAAUACGCUUCCUUCGCGACAGCACGGAGAAAAAUCUAGAAUCUUUUUGGGUGCGGACGGCACAGAAAUGGCUGUCUGGAAUGGAAGGGAAAGACUCUUCAGAGAUUGAGGUGCAGAGCCUCGUGGGUAAGGACAGCAACGACUUCGGCCUCCCGCCCGCCAUCAUCACCGAACACGGCAUCAACAAAAUCGUCACGUUCUCCGACAUCAUCCGGUCCUCUGAUGACGUCAGGGGCGGCGGCGUCAUCGACAGCUCCCUGAUGGCGCCAGAAGAGAUCGCCGCCAAGAUGCUGGGUCCGGAGCGGAUCCAGGCGUACGUCAAGAACUCGACCAUUGCCCAGAACUACACGUGCAGGGAUUUGAACUACGCUAGCUUUGUAACUGCCUACAACACGGCUUCAGACACAGCGAGACAGAGGUAUGACCGGUACCGCAGGGGCGCCAUCUUUGAACCGGAUAUCGUCACGGACUCCGAAGUCCUGUGGCAGACAACCAAGUUGAAGGUCGAGACCAAAGGGACAGAACUCUACGUGACUAGCAUUGCGUUCAAGACGCCCCACACUGAAAACCUCGGGCCUGAAGACGGGUUGUUUUUCUGUAAGCUUCUCCCCCCUGAUAGGGCGUUAGAGUGGAUCUAUGUUGACUCACUGCGCAGGUCAAUACCCCCUCCAAGGAGGAAGUUAUAAAAUCUACUUCCUGUUAAUUUAAAUUUGCAUUAUUUAAAAAAAAAAUUAAAAGCAUUAUAAAUACUGGUCAUACAUUUAAUGUGAAUAGUAAUUUAAUUAAUUAAUUGUUAAUGUGUUCAUCCGUUUUACAUGUCUUGUACAUUGUU